GAAGAACAACAAGAACCACAGAAGAAGCCGUGACGAGGAACAAUGAUCCCCUAAAAAACAAGAUCGAAGCCAGAUAUGAUCGCGCGCACUGAACGGGGACCCAAUCGGCAGCAAUGCCAGCGCUUCGCGGAGCGUAGGAGCGCAGCUCGACAGUCGACAAACCCUAGAGCUUGAAAAUAUUUCCCCCAAUUUGCUACGACCUAGAAGCAAAGCCGUUCUUCCUGUACCAAAGUGGGGUCUUAGGCUAGAUUCCUGGGUGGAUUUUCGCAGAAAUUCCACUGCCGAAAAAGAGCUCUCUUUCCUCUCACCUCCAUUUAGUUCUUCCCUCCCCAGGGACGCACAAAGAAAGGCCCCAAUGGAGGAGGGCAGCAAGAACAGCAGGCGCUACAUUCUCACCAAAUGGGCGGGAUUCGUCUCGGCAAUCUGGGUCCAGGCGAUCGCCGGCAACAACUAUGGCUUCUCCAAUUACUCCGUGGCGCUCAAAUCCAUCGGCGGCUACAACCAGGUGGAGCUCAACAAUCUGGGUGUCGCCAAGGACGUCGGCAAAGCCCUAGGCGUCCUCGCCGGCUUGGCCUCCGAUUUCCUCCCCCCCUGGCUCAUCCUCUUGAUCGGCUCGCUCGACGGCCUCGUCGGCUAUGGCGCGCAAUGGCUCGUCCUCAGCAGGAGAAUCGCGCCGCUACCCUACUGGCAGAUGUGCGUGGUGCUGUGUAUGGGCGGCAACAGCACGACCUGGAUGAACACCGCGGUUCUAGUCACCUCCAUUCGCAAUUUUCGCUACAAUCGCGGCCCGGUGGUGGGGAUUCUCAAAGGAUACAUUGGCCUCAGCACCGCGAUCUUCACCGUGCUGUGCUCCGCGCUCUUUAGCAACGAUCCGGCCAAGUUCGUGCUCCUCCUGGCGAUCAUCCCCUUUGCGGUGUGCAUCGUCGCCAUGGUCUUCCUCCGCCCGGUGGCGCCUGCCAGCAGCAAGCCCGAGCAGGAGGAGGAGCGCCGGGGCUUCUUCUUCCUCAACUCCAUGGCCACGCUCCUCGGCGUCUACCUCCUCUUCUACGAUUUCCUCAAGUUCUCGGGAACCAUCGCCGCGAUCUUCUUGCUCGUCCUCCUGCUGCUCCCGCUCUAUCUCCCGGCCAAGCUCCUCCUCUUGCCUCGCAAAUCGAUCCCCCAAGAUGUGGAAGCGCCGACAGGGGGGAAUCUCGAUCAACCAUUGCUACAUCCGCAGCAAGUACAGGGGGAGAAUCAAACCCAACCGGGGCAAUCCUCGUCCCCCUCAAUCGAUAAGGACGAUCUGGCGAAGAACCGUGGAGAGCGGAUCGUCCAUGGCUCUCCAAAGCUCGGAGAAGAUCACAACGUGCUCCAGCUCGUCAAGAGGUACGAGUUCUGGCUGCUGUUCGUGUCACUGCUCUGUGGAAUGGGAUCGGGCACGGUGGUGAUCAACAAUCUCGGCCAGAUUGGCGAGACGCUGGGCUACAAGGAUGUCGGCACCUUCGUGUCGCUCACUAGCGUGUGGGGAUUCUUUGGCCGCAUUGGAUCGGGUCUCGUGUCCGAGCACUUCCUCAGAUCUUCCGGAGUGCCACGGCCGGUCUGGCUGGCGGCCUCGCAAGUUCUCAUGAUCGUCGGCUUCGUGCUGCUCGUCUCAGCGCUCCCCGGCUCUCUUUACAUCGGAUCGAGCAUCACCGGCCUCUGCUACGGCGUCCGUCUCGCAGUCACCGUCCCGACCGCGUCCGAGCUCUUCGGCCUCAAGUACUUCGGCCUCAUCUACAACAUUCUCAUCAUCAACAUCCCCCUGGGAUCCUUCCUCUUCUCGGGCCUCCUGGCGGGAUUCCUCUACGACUACGAGGCCCAGAAAUCUCUCGGCGUUGUCGCUAGCGCUGCUCCCUCGAUCUCCAACCCCGGAUUGUGGAAUGGUCUGCUCCAAAGCUUUGGAUAUUCCGGGAGGGCGUGCCUUGGAACGCGAUGCUACAGGCUCACGUACGUGACCAUGAUCGGCAUUUGCGCGCUGGGGUUUAUCGUGGACACGGUGCUGGCAUUUGUCACCGUGCCGCUCUAUCGCAAGCUCAAGAACACGUUCGCGAUCAAGAGCCGGUGAUCCGCCACCUUUUGUUUGUAUGAUGUUUAUGAUCAAGAGCCCUAAAACUAGAGUCCCUCCAAUUGCUAGGACGAAUGCCACCAAAGGCGAUCGUCACCACUGCAUUGAAUGGAAUAAGAGCAAGAAGAUUGGCAUGA